AUGGCAAAGGCUGCCGCCCAGGCUCCGUCGCAAUCUUCCUCAAAGCCGGUCGAGGCGGGCAAGAAGCGCAAGGGAGGCGAGAUCGACGACAUCUUUGCGGCCGCCAAAAAGCCAAAGCUGCCGACUGCAGCAGCUGCGGCGGAGGCUGGUGGAGCUGGGAUAGGCGAGGGCCUUGCGGCUGAGGGCAAGAAGGGCAAAAAAGGGAAGAAGGCGGCGGCUGGAGCGGCGGCUGGAGCGGUGACGAAGCCUUCGCGGACGGAGGAAGCUGUCGAGGAGGACGCAGCGCCGCGAAGGGUGCCAGAGACCGUUGUCGACACGUCCAAGACGAUCGAGACGUACAAGCCACCUCCACUUGCGCGUAAAGAGCUCGGCGAGAAUGCCACGGAGGAGGAGAAGCGGGCGGAGGAGGAGGAGGAGCGGUUCAUGGAUAGUCGUGGGAACCGAAAGCGAACGGAGGACGGCUUGCCCAUUUACAGCGAGGCGGAGCUGAAGAUUGGUUUCGGUGGCGAUACGCCGCUCUGCCCGUUCGAUUGCGAGUGCUGCUACUGA